AUGGCACAGCAUAUCUUCCAAGAUCAAGAACAAAGGACCUCUAGGCAGCAGAAUAGAAAAUCCGCUGAUGACACAAUGAGACCAAAGGAAAUACAGCUAAUAAUCACUGAAGCCCUGUGGGACCAAGUGUUAAUGGCCUUUAGGGAUAUACAAAAGGAGCUGCAGGAAGAUGCUCGGAUUCGAGGGAUGAGCAGCUGCUCCAUGACACCCAGGUCAUCUACAUCCUGGACUGGAAGUGUUGGGCCUCCAGAUUCUGGGAUGGCCCUAAAUUUGAGAAGCACUGGACAACAGCCAUCGAGAGUCCACCCGCACAACUUAAGAAGAUAG